GAUGGAUGGAUGUCCUCUCACCGACAUUCCAGGGCCUUCCACCAGCCCAGUCCCAUCCGAUACAUCAUCAGGUGGACACAAGCCUCAUGACUCUGAAUUUAAGAGCCAUCGGUGGUCAGAAUGCACCCAAGAUCCCUCUCAAAGCAUGCCACUCUUGAAGAGGCCGGAAGCCCAGGUGGAUCCCAAGCUGGUGAUGGAAAUGGAAGCCACCAAAGAAAAGACCGACAAAACUCAAAGUGAGACAGAGGGAUGCUGGGACCAGGUCAGCAAAGCUCUGAGUUAUGUCACCGGCGACAUGAAGGCUUUUGGAGACUGGCUGAAAGAUAAGCCUGUGUUUUUCCAAUUCAUUGACUGGAUCCUGCGUGGAGUGUCUCAGGUGAUGUUUGUCAGCAAUCCACUCAGUGGCCUGAUCAUGUUGGCUGGGUUUCUGGUCCAGAGCCCUUGGAUAGCCCUCACAUGUUGCAUUGGUGUCAUCGUCUCAACAUUAACAGCACUUAUUCUGUGCCAAGAAAGGUCAGCUAUUGCGGCAGGACUCUAUGGCUACAAUGGGGUCUUGGUUGGGAUGUUAAUGGCUGUAUUCUCAGACAACGGUGAAUACUAUUGGUGGCUUUUGCUUCCUGUGGCCCUUGUGUCCAUGACAUGCCCGCUUUUCACAAGCGCUUUGGCUUCUGUCUUCAGCAAAUGGGACCUGCCAGUGUUCACUUUGCCUUUCAACUUGGCUCUGAGCCUCUUCAUAGCUGCUGCUGGACACUACAACCUCUUCUUCCCCACAACACUCAUCGAGCCUGUAAACUCAGUACCCAACAUCACUUGGUCAGAGGUCCAGGUUUCUUUGCUUUUCCAGUCUGUCCCAGUAGGAGUUGGACAAGUGUAUGGUUGCGAUAAUCCUUGGACUGGAGGCAUUAUCAUGGUGGCACUCUUUGUUUCCUCCCCUCUAAUCUUCGCCCAUGCCGUGAUCGGCUCAGCAUUGGGGGUGCCUGCAGCCUUGAGUCUGGGUUCUACUUUUAGUAGAAUUUAUGCCGGUUUGUGGAAUUACAACAGCUGCCUUUCAUGCAUCGCCAUCGGAGGGAUGUUCUAUGCCCUCACCUGGCAGACAUUUUUAUUGGCAAUUGCCUGUGGUCUUUUUACAGCAUAUGCAGGAGAAACCCUGGCGAAUAUGUUUUCCGUGUUUGGAAUGCCACUGGGGACCUGGCCCUUCUGUUUGUCUUCACUCACGUUCCUGCUUCUAACCACCACAAGUGAUGCCAUCUACAGAUUGCCACUCUCCAAAGUCACCUACCCAGAAGCCAACCGGGCCUAUUACUUGACGCGAAAGGAGCAAUGUCCCAAAUCCACCUGUGAUGUGUAAGAGACUGGAUCCCAGACUUUGAUUUCCUCAUCGCUGCUAGAAAUCCAGUGGCUGUAUUUCCCAAGCAGGAAAAGAAGCAGCGCAGCAUCGAAUCAAGCCAGACAGUUUUCAAGUAUUCUUUGUGGGGAGCUCAUUUAAAGCUGUAAAUAGUAUUUUCACUAGAGUCAGAAAGGUUUGAAACUUAGUGCAUGCUUCAGUCAGAAGUGAAGAGACCAUACAAUUCAGUUGGAAAGACUCACAGCAUUUUUAGAGCAAAUGAGGGUUUAGAUGCUCAACUGGAGAGGCAUAUUGGCAGGAUCUGGUCCCUGAAGUGACUCAACCCUGGACACUGAUUUUAAAUCACAUGGUGCCUACAGCAUUUCAGCCUAUAUGAAGUUUUUAAAUAUAUAUAUAGACUUGGAAUCAGAAAGGAAAUGCUAAGGAUAUUGUUUCACGCAGCUUGUAGCAGCGACUUGAAGCUCCACAGCCGCAAAUGGAAGCACUUGAUCACCAUAUGAUGUCAUUAUGAAGUCCUUCCAAAUUAAUCUUCAACUCAUGACAAAGGAAUUUUUUGUUCAAAAAUGAA